ACUGGAUUUAGUUGAUAUAUGUGAUCGUUCAGAACUUCAUGUUGAUGGGAAUGGUAGGGCUCCUUUUCCCAUAUACCGACUUGAUGCAGAGGGAAAAAAUGCGUUCUUCGAUUGGAUUUCAAACGAUGUGGAGUUUCCAGACGGUUAUGCAUCUAAUUUGCGUAACUGUAUCGACAGAAAGGAAGGAAAGUUUAUUGGUUUAAAAAGUCACGAUUGUCAUGUGUUGAUGCAGCGCUUACUUCCGUUUGCUUUCAAGGAACUAUUACCACGAAAUGUUCAUGAAGCAAUAGCAGGGAUAAGUGCUUUCUUCCGCGAUUUAUGCGCCAGAUCAGUGACUCUUGAAGGUAUUGAAAAUCUGAAGACUAACAUAGCCAUGAUUCAGUGCAACCUUGAGAAGAUAUUUCCUCCCUCAUUUUUUGAUGUUAUGGAGCAUCUUGUUAUUCACCUGGCAAGAGAAUUGGAACUUGGUGGUCCUGUGCAGUAUAGAUGGAUGUAUCUGUAUGAGCGGUAUAUGUUCCAUUUGAAGAAGAUGGUGAAAAAUCUAAGUAGGGUGGAAGGUUCUAUAGUCGCACAGAUGAUCAAUGAAGAAAUUUCAAACUUUGCUGAGUACUACUUUCCAGCAGAAGUUCAGACCAAAAACAGAAGACCUGCACGGCACGAUGAUAGAGGCGAACGGGCAACAUACCAUGUUACGGUUCCUGACAUUUUCACAGAUGUUGGACGACUUAGCGGAAAAUCAAAGGACCGUCGACUUACUGAGCAGGAGCGCAGUCAUUUGCAAACAUAUUUGCUCACCAACUGCGAAGAUGUUCUUCAAUAUGAGAGGAUUUUCAUGGCAGAAAAGCGGUUCGAAUAUAGAUACGCUACAGAGGCAGAACUAGAAGAAAUGAAGCAAAGAGAAUUUGCUGGAUGGAUGUUUACUUAUGUGAGUGCCUUAAACAAAUUAAAAAAUCAUUUAUCACAUAUUUAUAGAAAUUAA